CAUGGACUUGGGCCUCGGACUCGAAGAUACGCAUGUGCUAGUCACCGGGGGUAACCGCCUCUUAUGUCUAUGCCAAUGAUCCUACAGCUAAAGCAUUCACAGGCGACGGCAUCAUAGGCAGCAUAAUAGUCUCUGCUUUCCUCUCCGCCGGCGCAAACGUAUCAUCUCUAGAUAUGACCCACCCACAAGAUAGCCAACCAUCUGUCGAAUCCCUCUCACCCGGAAAACUCCUAAACCUCCACGCUGACAUCACAUCUACUUCUUCCCUAACCACAGCUUGGGACUCUGCAACUUCUGCAUUCGGGACGGUAGAAUGUUGUAUAGCAGCAGCAGGACUAGACCUAAGCGUCCUCCCCCAAAGCGGAAUCACCGACAUGGAUCCCUCCACCUGGAACCGCAUCUUCACUACCAACAUCCACGGAACCUUUCUAACCACACAAUUCUGGCUCCGCGGUCUCCGCGACCAUAUUUCCUCCUCCACCUCUUCUUCUUCUUCUUCUUCUUCUGCAAACACAGAGAUCAAAAAUCCAGGAUUGAUCGUCAUAGGCUCAGAAGCAGGUCAUUUCGGAGUAGAGACACAAGCCGCGUACUCUGCGUCCAAAUCCGCUGUUCAGUAUGGUUUGCUCUCAUCCUUGCGUGUUGAAGUACCUAAAAUUCACGCGAGAGCAAGGAGUAAUGCUAUUGCGCCUGGUGCUGUAGACACGCCUCGGUUUCGGGAAGAAACUAAUGGGGCGGGGACGAGACGGUGGUGGAAAGAAUGUGAAGCCACCACUGGGCUUAAGAAACCGGUGGAUGUCGAGGCGGUGGCGAGAAGUGUGUUGUUUUUGGCUAGUGAGAGGUGGAGUGGAAACAUACAUGGACAGUGUUUGAAUGUAGAUUCGGGGAAACAGGGGGUGGUCGUUUGGGAAUACGAGGGUGAUGAUGGGGGAAAGGAGGAGGAGGAGAAGGUUUUGAUGGAUGGGUAGUGUUUUUGGCGGUAGAGAGGUGCUGUGGUGUGUUUGUGGAGUUGCAGGAUGGAGUUUCAGAGUCAUGGCUUUGUUCAUGCAGACUCUGAGCACUCAUCUGCUCUCUAUGGACGUCUAUUCAUCUCCGAAUAACUUGUUGCAUUCCUACCGUUACUUCCCUGACUCUACCGGCAGACAGAGACAUCAGGCAUUCAACAGCAGGGCGCACAUCGAGCUCAUAUAGAUAGACCAUCUCUAACAGCUGGUAGCGUCAACAACAAUCCCCCAUCAAAAUACAAGAAGUUUCAAGAUGUUGUCAGAUGGAAAAGAAAAGGGGAAGGAAAAGAA